CCUCUCCUGCAUUCUCUUCUCCUCUCCAACCAGAGCUGCAGAACUUCUCCACCAUGUCUUCAACGUACUCCAUGCGCUCUGCCUCCUACUCUGGAGGGAGCCGCCUCGGCUCCAUGAGGGCCCCCAGUGUGUACGGUGGUGCUGGGGGUACUGGGGUCCGGAUCUCAAGCAGCACCGCUUCCAGAAGCUUUGCCUCUGGUGGCGGAGCAGGCUUUGGUGGCGGAGCAGGGUUUGGUGGCGGAGCAGGGUUUGCCUCUGGUGGUGGGGCUGCCUUUGCAUCUGGUGGGGGCUUCGACCUGUCCGACGCCCAUGACCUCUCUGAGAACAAGAAGGCCGCCAUGCAGAACCUGAAUGACCGUCUGGCUUCCUACCUGGAGAAGGUACGCAAGCUGGAGGCCGCCAACACUGAUCUUGAGAAGAAGAUAAGGGAAUUCCUGGAGAAGAAGGCAACACCUGAGAGCCAAGACUACUCUAAAUUCCUCACAAUCAUCAAAGACCUGCAGAACCAGAUCAUUGAUGCUACCACCAAUAAUGGAUCUCUGUACCUGGCCAUCGAUAACGCCAAGUUAGCUUCUGAUGACUUCAGGGUCAAGUACGAGAACGAGCUAGCCAUGCGCCAGAGCGUGGAGGGUGACAUCGCCGGACUUAAGAAGCUCCUGGAUGAACUGACCCUGGCCAGAUCUGACCUGGAGAUGCAGAUUGAGUCUCUGAGAGAAGAACUCAUCUAUCUUAAAAAGAACCACGAGGAGGACCUGCUGGCCAUGAGGUCCCAGGUGGGCGGUCAGGUCAACGUGGAGGUAGAUGCCGCACCUCAGAUAGAUCUCGCCGCCAAAAUGGCUGAAAUCAGAGAACACUACGAGAGUGUCGCCAGCAAGAAUCGCAAAGAGCUAGACAACUGGUUCCAGAGCAAGUCUGAGGACCUGAACAAAGAGGUAGCCGUGAGCACAGAGAUGCUCAAAUCAUCUCGCUCUGAAAUCACAGAAAUCAAACGAACACUACAGGGUCUGGAGAUCGAACUGCAGUCUCAACUCAGCAUGAAAGCAUCUCUGGAGGGAACUCUGGCAGAAACACAGAACAGGUAUGCCAACAUGCUAGCAGGCUACCAGGACCAGGUCUCAGCUCUGGAGGAGCAGCUGAUGCAGCUGAGGUCCGACUUGGAUCGCCAGAAACAGGAAUAUACCAUGCUGCUGGACAUUAAGACCAGGCUGGAGAUGGAGAUCGCAGAGUACAGGAGGCUGCUGGAUGGAGAGGAAUCAGGCUCCUCCUCCUUCUCCACUACAACCACCACUCGGAGGGUGGUGAUCGUCACCAAAGAGGUUAAUGAGGAUGGAGAAGUCACAACCGAAACGACGGAGUAUUGAUGAGAUGUCAAACACCAAUAAAACUCUGCUGAUGAAUA